AUGCCACGUGGACAAAAUGCAGCACCGACUGUGGACCAAAUUAGCAAGGAUCGAAUUACCCUACUCUCGGAACAAUAUUGGGCUUCGUAUGCUUUGCAACGACGUGCAUAUGAUCGAUUAGUCGUCGAUGAAAUCUACAUCAAAGAAUUGUUAGGCACAAAUUUUAAUCUUCGUCGAACUAUACUGUUGGAAUUCAGUCAAUAUUUGGAAAAUUUCCUUUGGCCUAAUCUUAAUCCAGAUCAAUGUUCGCCGUAUCAUGUCAUGUCGGUAUGUGUGAUGGUGAAUGAAAAAUUUCGAGAACGUGUACAACCAUGGGAUGCAAUUGUUGCGAAUCCGGACAAUUUCGGUCGAUUUUUAUCGCGUGUAAUGCGUUUGUUGUUGGAAAGUGAUGAUCUGUCAAUCAAAGAACAAACAAUUUUGAUUAUUUUCCUCGAUCAUUGCUUCAAUAGUCUAGAAUUGGAUGUGAUCCGAUCUCAAAUUCAAAAGAUUGUCGGAUUGACUAUCUGGAGUAAUCUAUCGACUGAACGACGGGAAUAUGAAUUUGAUAAAACACCGAAAUUCCGUAAACUUUGGAAACUGAUUUGUAAAAAAGACGAAAAAUUAGAAAAUGAAGAACUCCAGACUACUCUAUUCGAACGAACAUUUCUUCGAAAACUAGCCGACAAGUUCCUUCACCUGAUCGAAAAUAUUCAACCUGCAAAUGACAACGGACAUUAUCCAAUCGAAACAGUCAUUUACACUGAACGCUUUAUCGAACUAUUCAUUGAUAUCAUUUGCCAAUUACCAACUCGGCGAUUCUUUAAUGUUGUUCUCGAUGAUAUGAGCUUUAUUGUUCGAUGUUUUCUUUCUGCUUAUACGAAAUCCUAUGCGAAUACUAACGAAAACAUGGAAACGGAUAGUAUUCGACCCAUGCCGACGAAAAAAAUUGUAACAGAAAACGGCGAAGAAGAACAACCGACGACGAAAACGGUGAAUCUCUUCCAUAAAAUGUUGUCUAAUUUCGAAUUCUAUUCGAAUUUCGAAAUCAAUGACACAACGGGUGAAACGUUAACGCAAAGUGAAUUAAUGGAAAAGCAUUAUGAGAAACUCUUGCAAUUACAAAAGGCAAUAUUUAAACAUUUUCGAGAGGAAAUGUCGACAUUUGCUUUGCAAAACAUUCGGUCAAUCGACAAACGCGAAGUGUUAACUGAAGAAUUCGAAAAGUUAACCGACGAACAAUUGAAAUCGAUUGGAGCAUCAUUACAACCACCUGUACUUAUCGACGAUCGACAGCGAUUGUUGCAAGUCUUGAUUUUAGAGCAUGAAAGAGUUCAAAGUCAUUUAGAACUUAUUAAUACAUUGCCAUUGUAUCCAACUGAAGAAACAAUCUGGGAUGAAGAUAUUGUUCCAACAGAAUUCUACAACGGGGAAUCAUGUUUAGCUCUGCCGAAAUUGAAUCUACAAUUUCUAACUUUACAUGAUUAUUUAUUGCGAAACUUUCAUCUCUUUCGUUUGGAAUCAACUUACGAAAUUCGACAAGAUAUCGAAGAUUCCGUUAGUCGAAUGAAACCAUGGCAAAACGAUGCAACCAUUACCAGCGAUAAACCUGAUCAAUCGCAACAGCAAUGUCUCUUCGGUGGCUGGUCACGCAUGGCUCAACCAAUCACAAAUUUUACUAUAGUCGAAGUCGGUAAAGCUAAUAUUGGUGAAUCUCAUCCUAGUCGAGUUCGAGCCGAUGUGACACUCGUACUGAGCACACGAAACGAUAUUAAACGUGAAUGGGAAAAAUUACGAAAGCAUGAUAUUUGCUUUCUAAUUACGUGCAAACCGUUGACGAAAGCCGGAACGGCAUACGAUUAUCGACAAUCGUUCAUCCCUCAAGUUGGCCUGACGUACGUUCGUGGUUGUGAAAUCGAAGGAAUGCUAAAUGCAGAAGGACGACUUAUUGAAGAAGGUGUUGAUGAAAAACCAACAAUGACUGGCGAUACGCGUACAUGGCGUGUUUGGCUUGAUCCAAAUCAAUAUCAAACGGAUAUUCAGGCUACGUUGAAUGGCUCCGAAGAUGUUUAUGAAACAUUCAAUGUCUUCAUGCGACGAAAACCAAAAGAAAACAAUUUCAAAGCUGUUCUCGAAACCAUCCGAGAUCUAAUGAAUACCAAUGCUGUUGUACCUGACUGGUUACAAGAUUUAAUCUUAGGCUAUGGCGAUCCAGCAUCGGCACAUUAUUCUAAUAUGAAAAACAAGAUUCCGACACUUGAUUGGAAUGAUACAUUUAUCGAUGUCAAACAUCUUCGAGCCAGCUUUCCAGAUUAUAAAAUUCGAGCAACUGAAGACGAUCGUUCCAAACAUGUCCCACCAUUUAGAUUAACAUUCUGUGACCUACGCACAAAAGGUGAACAUGCCGGUGAGAAAUUAAUCAUCUUGGAGCCUUAUCGUAUUCCUAAUCGUGGUCCAUAUCCGUUUAACAAACCUCGUCAAAAUACCGUUCGUUUUACUCCAACGCAAAUCGAAGGUAUCAAAUCCGGUAUGCAACCAGGUCUUACUCUAAUUGUUGGUCCACCCGGUACGGGUAAGACUGAUGUUGCUGUACAGAUCAUUUCGAAUAUUUAUCAUAAUUAUCCUGAUCAACGUACACUAAUCGUGACACAUUCGAAUCAAGCAUUGAAUCAAUUGUUUGAAAAAAUCAUGGCGCUGGAUGUCGAUGAACGACAUUUACUACGUCUUGGUCAUGGUGAAGAAGAAUUAGAAACUGACAAAGAUUUCAGUCGUUAUGGACGAGUGAAUUACAUCUUGAAAAAGCGUUUAGAAUUACUUGAACAAGUUGAACGUUUACAAAAAAGUUUGAAUGUGACGGGUGAUUUAUCUUAUACAUGCGAAACAGCUGCGCACUUCUAUUUGUACAACGUUCUGUCACGCUGGGAAGAAUAUCUUAGUAAAAUCAAUCAAUCGAAUAACAAUCUAGAUGUGCUGAUCAACGCAUUUCCAUUCAAGGAAUUCUUCUUCGAUUUAGAUCAUGAUUUAUUCCAAAGUUCGCAAUCAUUUGAAGUCAAUCUAGACAUUGCUCAAGGAUGCUUUCGAUACAUUAAACAAAUCUUUACUCAAUUAGAAGAAUUUCGUUCAUUUGAACUCAUGCGUAACGGUUCCGAUCGUGCGAAGUAUUUAUUAGUACGAGAAGCGAAAAUUAUCGCUAUGACAUGUACGCACGCUGCAUUAAAACGACACGAUCUCGUUCAAUGUGGCUUUAAAUAUGACAACAUUCUCAUGGAAGAAGCAGCACAAAUACUUGAAAUUGAAACGUUUAUUCCGUUGUUGCUGCAAACAUCGGAUCAACAAGGACGUAAUCGUCUGAAACGUUGUAUUAUGAUUGGUGAUCAUCAUCAAUUGCCACCUGUGAUUAAAAACAUGGCUUUUCAAAAAUAUUCCAAUAUGGAACAAGCGUUGUUCACACGUUUAGUUCGCCUUGGAGUACCAACUAUUGACCUGGACGCUCAAGGUCGUGCACGGGCAUCACUUUGUUCAUUGUACAAUUGGAGAUACAAAAACUUAGGAAAUUUGGAGCAUGUUUUACAACAAAAGGAAUUUCGAACAACGAAUGCCGGUUUUGUCUACGAUUAUCAAUUGAUCAAUGUUGAAAACUUCAAUGAUGUUGGAGAAUCUGAACCUAUUCCAUAUUUCUAUCAGAAUUUAGCUGAAGCUGAAUACAUCGUUGCUGUGUACAUGUACAUGCGGUUACUAGGUUAUCCGGCUGAAAAAAUAUCAAUUCUAACAACCUACAAUGGGCAAAAAUUUCUCAUUCGUGACGUUCUUAAUAAACGUUGUGCAAAAAAUCCUUUACUCGGAUUUCCGAUGAAAGUCACAACAGUUGAUAAAUAUCAAGGUCAACAGAAUGAUUACAUUCUUCUUUCACUUGUACGAACAAAAGCUAUUGGUCAUUUACGAGAUGUUCGUCGAUUGGUUGUUGCUAUGUCUCGAGCACGUCUUGGCUUAUACAUCUUUGGUCGAGUGAAUCUAUUCGAAAGCUGUUUUGAAUUAACACCAGCUUUCAAUAUCUUAACGAAACGUCCGACAAAAUUGUUCUUACUGCCGAACGAAACGUAUCCAAGUGUACGGGAGGAAAAACGUGAUCAGUCGAUUGUACACCAAGCAACUGUGAUGGAAAACAUGCCACAAAUGGCGGAUUUUGUUUACAAAUUAUAUAAUCAAAAAUUAGUCGCAUAUCAAGAAAAGAAACGCCAAGAAGAAUUAUCUCGUUACGAUCCUGAACGUGAUCUUCCGUACGAUCCAUUACAACCAUCAAUUCGCGCACCAAACGAACGUGUAGCCAAUGAAAAGACCGCAGAUAACAUUUCGUUAGAACAAUUCACUCCUGAGAAGAAUUCCAAAACGGAGUACAUUCCUUCCCGGCAACAUCAAGUAUCAGGCACAUCGUUUCGACACGAUCCAAAUAUCGCAAGUUCGACAAUUGAAAAUCUCGAUGACGAUGAUGAUGAGGAUGUUUAUGACCCAAGCAAGCCAACACUUUUUCAAAAAUUACAAUCCUCGUCAACGACUACAACUGAGCAACAAGGACAAGCAGCACCAACAAAUAGCUCUGCGACAACCACUGUACCUAAAGGAAACGAAGAACCAACUGAUGCAUCGGAAGAUGAUUUGAAUAAGGCAGCAAUUUUUCGAAGCGUCCUCCAUCAAGAUAACGAAAUGGAUACCAUUCCAGCAUUAAAUGAUGAGAAUUAG